CACAAAGCUGAGUAAAACGUGGUCUUCGUUGAACGAGACUACGUUGCUAUAAGAAGUUUUCAGACAUUCUUCUCAUCAGAAUGGUUGCCAAUAAGUUGCUGACUCUGGUGCUGCUCCGACAGGCACCAAGGAUCCUACUUGGGAUGAAGAAGAGGGGAUUCGGUGUUGGAAGAUGGAAUGGAUUCGGCGGGAAGGUUGAACCUGGCGAAACCAUCAAAGCUGCAGCAAGAAGGGAACUGCUGGAAGAGUCCUGUUUAGUCUGUAAUGAUCUGAAGGAAGUCGGACUUUUGAAAUUUGAAUUUCUAGGAAACCCACAGAUAUGGGAAGUACAUGUGUUCACAUCGAAUAAUUUUGAAGGAGAGGCAAAAGAAACAGAAGAGAUGCGACCUCAGUGGUUUGAAGAGAAGUCCAUCCCGUUCGAUCAGAUGUGGCCAGAUGACAUUCUAUGGUUUCCACACUUCUUGAAUGGUAAAAAAUUCUCAGGAUAUAUAGUGUUUGAAGGAAUGGACAAAAUGGUCAAAUACGACGUGGAGGAAGUGGAAAGUAUCGAUAGUGCUGCCGCCUAGGAUUGAUUAACAAAUAGGUUAGAAAUCCAAAACAAUUCCAGUUAUUGCCUUGUCUAUUCAAGUGUAGCGAGGUAGGGUGAGAGUUGACGACUGCACAGUUCAGUCUUCAUUGUUCUUGUUCACCUAUUGGUCCAAUAAUCGUGUUUAUAUAACAAAUCCGUUUCCAAAGACAUUAAUUGGAAAGUAGGAAAUCCAGACUGAUCUCUUUGAUUGACGGAGCUUGACUUUAGCAGAACAAUGCAUACCGUUAUGUCUUCAAAGAUGAAUGCAAGUCGCACAAACAUUUGUAAAUGAUUGCACAUUUAAAGUUUGAAUAGAAGGCAUACAGUAACACCAAGACAAAAAUCACACUACACUGUAAAGCUGUUUCAUCCUUCUAGGAUUCGUCGACGAUGCAAUAUGCAAGAGACCCAAGAAGGUUAAAAUUGGUCUAAACUACUCAUGAAACCGAGGGGAGGUGUGCAAAUCCCCCUUUUUAUGAAGUUGCAUGACUUGCCUACACUAGGCUAACUAACCUUUUGGCGUUCCAAUCAAGUAUGAUUUGAGGUAUGAAAGUUAAUCGAUCUCAGGAUUAAUAUAUUUACAUACUGUCUGAAUGCUAUUUGUAUUGAAAUAUUGUUCCAAUUUGUUGAUAUUUUGAAGAUGCAUUUACGUUAUUGUCUCCACUGCUAAAUAUUUUACCACAUAUUGUGUCGGUUGUUUUUUCAUUCCCAAACAGGGAUUGAUAAUUCAGUUUCAAUGUUACUACUUCCAUUCAGGUAUUUAUGAUUUACAAAUGUACAUAUGUUUUGUUUUAGUUAUUUCAUUUACAAUUUUGACAUGGACCACUCUAGAAAAACACGUUAUUGUAUACAUAUCAAGCUACUGUGUAUAUUAAUUUUAAUUUUUGUCGAUAAUUGUCAAUGAAUCAACAUGUAUUACACCAAAAUCAUGCUUAAAGGUAGACUGUAUUUGGUUAAAAUGCAUGCUAGUUUAUCUACAUUGUGUGAUUCUCGCUAUCAUGGAGUAGGUGCAUCGAUGGUUUGUUUAUAUGGAGUUAGUGUGGAUCAAUACAGUAUUAUAAGGAAGCGAUUUUCAGUAUAAACCUGUAUUUUAGUUCAGUUUUUUGUAGAAUACUAAUCAUGAAGAUAAUUUCCACAAAUGGUAUUUUCUGAAGUCCGUAUUAAAGGACGCUUGUCGUCCUUCAACUAGACGCACCUUUUACGCAUUCUUUUAUCCGAAAUGUCCCUCGCGUGCAUUUGAAGCAAGAUAUAUUCCCAACAGUAAUGAUUUGUUUUAAAUGUUUACAAUAAAUAACUUGAAAAUAUAGAGGGAUGGUCAUAGCAAAAAUAAAUAGUACUCCAGCUGGACCUGUGUACAAAUAUUUGACAGUAAAACAUUCAUUUUCUCAUUAAAGAUUUUGUUGUUG